AGAGGUUAGGGUUAGGUUGGAUUAGGUACAUAGAGUCGGAGCAAGGCUGUUGUUGUUUUUGUUAUUUUGUCACGUGUAUCAACGUAAAAUGCCGGUCGAUCAGAAACGUAUUAACGGGCCAGAGACUUCUGUUCCGUAUGACAUUUAUGUUCCGCACGAAGCCAGAGACAACGCGAUACAACUAAAUGCGCCAAAGAGGCACGACGGCCGUUCACAUAAUGAGCUUAGAAACAUAUUUUUAAAAACAGGUAUCAUUAGUCAGGCCAAAGGUUCUGCAUACAUCGAAAUGGGCAAUACCAAGGUCAUUUGCUCGGUAUUUGAUCCUAGAGAAGUGCCCAAUAAAACCGGCUACUGCGUGCAGGGAGAAUUGUAUUGCGAGUUCAAGUUCGCACCGUUUUCUCAUUGUAAACGGAAGAUGUACCAGCAAGAUGCGGAAGAGAAAGAAUAUAGUUUAAUAUUGCAAAGAGCUCUGGAGCCUGCGGUGUGUUUGCAAGAGUUUCCCAACUUCCAAGUAGAUAUCUACGCAACGGUUCUGGACAACGGAGGAUCCGCACUGGCCGCAGCCAUAAUGGCAGCUAGUCUAGCUCUGGCGACUGCUGGUGUGCCAAUGUUUGGUUUGGUCACAGCAUCCACAAUUGGUAUACACGAUCAGACAUAUUUGGUAGACCCGACAGACGUGGAAGAAGCUUCUUGUUGCACUAAGCGUAUUCCGGGUGCGGCUUACAAUCAUGGAAUUGUAGUGCAAGCUGCCCUUGCGCAACAUACGCAGGUUUCCGAAAUGUUGGUUGUGGGAAGCGUUGACAUAGACGCUAUUACACAUUGCACAUCGAAUAUCUUCAGUGAAAUUCAUAAGGAUAUAUGUCCCUUGCUGGAACAGUGUCUUGUAAAAACUGUACUUAAAACUUUUCAGCCAAACGGUAAAAAUAAAAUGGAUAAGAAAUAA